AUGGUUUUUCAGCUUCCCCCAACCGUUUCCAGCGACCACAACCCUGUUUUGCAGCCGAACGAAUGUUCAUCUACUUUGUUCCAAACUAUCGCUGCUCCUGCCUCCGUCGUUUGGGCUCUGGUUUCCGACUUUGAAAAUCCUCAACGCUACAAGCCGUUCGUGAGAUCCUGCAGAAUCAUAGAUGGCCAGGCGAACCAAGUCGGAUGCUUACGCCGCGUGGAUGUCGCGUCAGGACUUCCAGCCUCCUAUAGCAUUGAGCGGCUGGAGAUUCUUGAUCAUGAUCAGCGCAUGUUCGGGUUCAGCAUUGUCAGCGGCGACCACCGGUUGUCGAACUAUCGCUCGAUCAUGAGCCUACACCCCAAUGGCGGCGAGGAGACGGUGGUUGCGGAGACUUACGUGAUUGAUGCGGCCGAGGCCAACACGAAAGAAGAGACGUGUGCCUUUGUGGAUACGAUCGUGAAACUGAACUUGAGGACUGCCUUUCCAGAGUUGCUGAGGAUUUGGACGGGCAAAAGCGCACAACAGGUAUGA